AGAACCGAGCGCCGUCACCGGAAACUGGAAGUCACCUGCUAGGAAACUGAGGGCUAUGGUUUAGUUAGCUAGAUUGCUAACGUCGCGGUUUGUUAGGGUUAACACUUUAUACUCCUGGAACUGGUUUUGUUUUUUACUUCAGUCUUUAAAAACAUUGCGACAGACUGACAAUGAAGACCGUGUUACUCGUCGAAACGUUCUCUGUGGCUUGUUUUGUGCUGUUAAGCCAAGUGUCAGCAAAGAAUUCUGAAGACAUCCGCUGUAAAUGCAUCUGCCCACCAUACAGAAAUACCAACGGGCACAUCUACAACAAAAAUGCUUCUCUCAAAGACUGUAACUGUCUCCAUGUAGUGGAGCCUAUGCCUGUGGAUGGAAAUGAUGUGGAGGCGUACUGUUUACGUUGUGAGUGUAAAUAUGAAGAGAGGAGCUCGGGAACCAUCAAGUUCACCAUCAUAAUGUACCUCUCCAUUCUGGGACUGCUGCUGCUCUACAUGGUCUAUCUGACUGUCUUGGAGCCCAUUUUAAAGAGGCGUCUGUUCGGACACUCGCAGCUCAUCCAAAGCGAGGAUGAUGUUGGGGUAUGUGUUGGGGACCAGCAGCCUUUCGCCAACGCUCACAAUGUGCUGUCUCGUUCGCACUCUCGACCCAACAUGCUGAACAAAGUGGAGCAUGCCCAGCAGCGCUGGAGGAGGCAGGUCCAGGAGCAGCGGAAGUCUGUGUUCGACCGCCAUGUCGUUCUCAGUUAAACUGUCCUGUGAGCAAGACUUAAUGAUGAAGGCGGGGGGGGGGACACUGUGACGGAGCCCUUAAUUUAUACCCCCCCUCCCCUCCCUUUUUUUUUCUCUCUCAUUUGUGGUUUGUAUCUCAUCAAGUGUGAUGUUUCUAGGGUGAAAAUGGUGGAGAAACGCCUGGCAGAUGUAAAGGCAAAACAGGAAACUAUUUAGUCUGCCGGAAGCACAAGAGAUUACAUUGAAUACAGUUAUUUUUGUGUUUUUCUUUUGUUUUUUUUUCUGCACAACCUUAAAUGAAGAAUCUUAAAUUGCAUUCCAGAAGCAGAAUUGACUCCCUGCCUGUGGUCUAAUUCGCAGGCGUGCCAAGUCACCAGAGAAUUGCAGUGAAUUAUUUGAUGGCCAAGACAAAUAAACGUGAGGGCGAACUUUCAAGUUGAUAUUUUAUAACAUUCAACGGCACUCCUUCUUCUGGCAGCCGUCAGAUGACGUCCCGUCGGUCGAAAAAGCUGACGUCCAAUUUUACAAACCAAACUGGCUUCCAGAGUAAAGCAUCCAGAUGUUGGUGGGUUCCACUGAUCACGGCUGCUGGAUAACUGGCCUCCUGGCGGCAGCAGUGAAACGUUAGCAUGUAGCUGGUGGGUAUUUUCCACCCAAAAACGAAUAUAAUGUGGAACCACUUCUCUCACCACAGGAGAAAGGAACCACUGUAAGAUAUGAAUCCCUUCAGCUUUCUCCCCGAAAAAUGCAUGUUUUAUAACAAAUCUUUUCUAAAUGUGUUUUCAAUCAUUUGUUCCGACUAUUUAACGUCUAAUAAACCAUCAUUUGAGGCAUUGCAUUACAUCUGAUGUCUGACAGUAGUUUCACUUGCACUUGCUGCAGAGACUGAUGCAAUUAUUUCUUUGGUGAUGUCAUGUCAGAAACUUAGCUGUGCUAUUGGUCCUUCAUGUGUAUAGUCUUUGAUUUGGAAACUUCCACGUGCUUGGUCAGACGCCAAUGUCUAAAUCCUUGUAGAGCGGUGUUUCUCCGAGCUCAAAGAAGAUCAUCUUGUGAGUCGCUGGGUUGUGAGAAUGAGCAGAGUGAGUGGAUGAAGAACCAUGGUUGUGAGACCUGUGCAGGUGUUCUUAUCUACGACACAUGUGACACCUUUAACUUUGAAAUAAAUUUAUGUAAUAUUUGUGAUUCA